UCAAACACACAGCAGACGGAACAACCACGUCACUCGUCGGAGACGUGCCACACAUACUCGCUUAACGUUAGCCAGCGGUUAGCAUCUGGCUACUCAGAAAUGUCCAUUAUCCGAGAAAAGGGGGGACUUUCACUUUUUUGUUAGUCAUGAUGAUAAAUAGGGAAAACGGGAUGAAACCGUGGAAUAAGCCAAACCAGCCUUCUUCAACCGACCGAUUAAGGACUUACGUUAAGUAAACCCUCAAAUUGAAGACAAUCAGCACCAUGGGAAGGAUCAGCUUUUCGUGCCUUUUCCCAGCCUCGUGGCAUUUCAGCCUGUCAUCCCAGGUUCUUCCUCGGCUCCUGACACCUUCCCUCAGACAGCUGCUCUUCAUCGGCCUGGUGCUCUGCCUCGUAGGACUACUUUACUUGCUGCUUGUCACUGGAAAGGGACACGCCAGCUGGAUCAGAAAGGAGAAUCACUUCCACAGGCACUUGGCAAGGGUGACGGAUGUGGAUGCAACGGAUACAAGCAACCCCAACCUGAACUAUGGCCUAGUGGUAGACUGUGGCAGCAGUGGCUCUAGGGUAUUCGUGUACUGCUGGCCACGGCACAAUGGUAAUCCCCAUGAACUUCUAGACAUCCGGCAAAUGCGAGAUCAACACCGCAAGCCAGUGGUCAUGAAGAUCAAACCGGGUAUCUCUGAAUUGGCUAAAACACCAGAGAAAGCCAGUAAUUAUAUAUAUCCACUGCUCAGCUUUGCAGCCCAACACAUUCCCAAAAAUAAGCACCAAGAAACACCCUUGUAUAUCCUCUGCACAGCUGGAAUGAGAAUCCUUCCUGAAAGUCAACAAGAAGCACUUCUUGAAGAUCUGCGCACAGACAUCCCAGUCCACUUCAACUUCCUCUUCUCUGAUUCCCAUGUAGAAGUGAUUUCUGGAAAACAGGAAGGAGUUUAUGCUUGGAUUGGAAUAAACUUUGUCCUGGGAAGGUUUAACCAUGUGCACAAUGAUGGGGAAGCUGUAGUGGAGGUACAUGUUCCAGGCAGCGAUCAGCAGGAGGCGCUGGUGAGGAAAAGGACUGCCGGUGUCCUGGACAUGGGCGGGGUCUCUACACAGAUCGCAUACGAAGUGCCCAAAACUGUAAGCUUUGCUUCUCCACAGCAGGAGGAAGUUGCCAAGAACUUACUGGCAGAGUUCAACUUGGGAUGUGACGCACAUCGCACAGAGCAUGUUUAUCGUGUUUAUGUGUCCACCUUCCUGGGUUUUGGAGGAAAUGCAGCACGCCAAAGAUAUGAGGAAAACCUCAUCAGAAAUACUGCCACUCGAAACAAGCUCUUAGAUCAGCAUAUUGGUGAGUCGGCAGAGUCCCCCCUCCUGGACCCUUGUCUACCCACAGACCUGCAGGAUGAGAUUGGUCCAUUUUCACAGAGGCUCUAUCUGCGAGGCACAGGAGACUUUGACCAGUGUCGUCAGAUUCUCCAACCGUUCCUCAACCGCACAAAUGAGACCCAAACCUCCCUCAGCGGUAUCUACCAGCCAGCCAUUGAAUACAGCAACAGUCAGUUCUACGGCUUCUCUGAGUUCUACUACUGCACGGAGGAUGUGCUGCGCAUGGGUGGGGAUUAUAAUGCUUCGAAAUAUACCCAGGCUGCUAAGAGUUACUGUGCCACCCAGUGGAAGACUCUGAGGGAACGCUUUGACUCUGGCUUGUAUGCCUCACAUGCUGAUCUUCACAGACUUAAGUACCAGUGUUUUAAAUCAGCAUGGAUGUAUGAAGUAUUGCACUCAGGCUUCUCUUUCCCAACCAAUUAUAAAAACCUGAAAACUGCCCUACUGGUCUAUGAUAAGGAGGUCCAGUGGACUCUUGGAGCUAUACUUUACAGAACACGGUUUCUGCCUUUGAGGGACAUCCAGCAGGAAAGCUUGAAAGGAGUGCAUUCUCACUGGCGGCACAGCUUCUCCUUUGUCAACAACCACUACUUAUUCCUGGCUUGUUUCUUCAUUGUGUUGUUGUCUAUUAUGCUGUACUUACUGCGACUCCGCCGCAUUCACCGACGUGCGGCACAGCACUGCACCCCCUCCUCUGUACCGUGGUUGGAAGAGGGCCUUGGCUCACCCACACUCCCUAUCAACCUCUAAACUUUGUAGAGCGUAAAGUCUGGACAGCAUGUCUGAUUUUCCAAAGCCAAUCCUCACACUUUUCUUUCUGAAGCUAUCUGCUUGUUCAGUAAGCCCUGAAAACAGGGCUGCUCCCUGCUAUGUUGAGAGAUGGAAUUGAGAUUUAGACAAAUUAGGAAGAUCUUAUGUGAGUCUUCAGACUUACCUGAGCCAAUGUUUGUGUGUAAGUUAUUUUGUUUAAUAUUGAAAUGUCUUUUUUAGAAUUAAUUUUCUUGCCUGUCACGCACUCCUUAGUCAAUUUCAAAUGGCAGCUGCCUCCAGGUGUCUUCUAAUUCAUAUCUAAAACAGACAAACAAAACGGUACAUUUCUGGCUAGGUAAUCUUCCAUACCCAAAUAAAUAUGUAAUGUAUACUUUGAAUUUCACAAAGGUGGACAAAUAUACCACAGUGGCAAUUUUUUAUUUUGUAAGUAUGUUUGGGCAUUUGCCUUUAUGCCUUUUAUAUGUGCAUGAUCACAUUUUCUUGUUUGUUUUUAUAGUUGGUGUCUACAGAAACCUCAAAUGCAAUACGAUUUAUAAUUAGUGGAAGGAGCACUUUCUAAUGCAGUUUAGAAUAAGACUGCACAGCACUUCCCAGAUGGAAUGAUUUUGUGUGUGUGCGUAUGUGUGCGUAUGUGUGUAUUUCCCAAAUUGUCCUGCCUCUAGUGCAAUACAUGUCUUGUCACUGAUGGGAAGUUCUCCAAAACACAUCUGUUCUUUUGUGUAGAGUAUCAGUCUCUCUUUAAGCCCUGCUGAAAUUCUUGUGUUGGGUCAUCUGACUGUUACGUUGGAUACCGUUGCAUAUAUUUAUGUUGGGCUUCAUUUUCAGAAGCUGUCAUAUCACUGCUGUGAGGGGAUUGUAAAUGAGUGCACAUAUCCCAUUAUUUAUAUGGAAAUGGUCUAGUAAGAUGUUUGCACAGAUAAAUGCGAAAUAAAUGUCACAUUGCAAUUCAGUAAUAAAGGUUUUAUGGUA